AUGGCCGAGGAAUCGAAUUUGAAUUUUGACGGUGAACGCAAUAACGAUAUGGAAAUAGUUUUUGAAUGUCAAGAUGUGAAGCCCAAUAACAAUUUAUUGUUACGAAAGAAAAUGGAUUUAGACAAAAUUAAAGAAGAACCCCCGGAAAAAAUUAAAGAAGUUGUCGACGACAUGGCCGAGGAAUCGAAUUUGAAUUCGAAUGGUGAACUAAAUAACGAUGUUGCAAUUGAAUUCGAAUGCGAAGACGUCAAGCCCAGUGUGGAUAUACCAGUAGCAGGGAGAACGAAAAUAGAAAAUUUUAUUGACAGUAGAGAAGAGAUGAAUUUGAAUUGUGAACCAGUCAAACAAAAUAAAAAAAAAAGAAUUAUGAAAAAGUCUACCCUUCAAAAGAGACUUAAAUCACAGAGGGGUACACUUCAAAUUGGUAGCACCUCGGCGCAUAAAUCACGUAAAAAAAAAUGUGCUCAAAAGAGCAAACUCAAAAUAGAUGCAUUGCACAAGAAACUUCCUUUUGAAUGUGAUAUAUGUAAAAAGAGAUAUACAGAAAAAAGCUCUGUCAAAAGGCACAUUGGAAAGAUACAUAUGGGUAAAAAAUGCGCUCAAAAAAGCAAACUCAAAGCGCAUAAAAAUAAAAAGACCUCCCAUGCGUGUGGUACUUGUGGAAAGACAUUCACGCACAGAGCCAGUCUCAAGCUCCACAUCAGUUCCAGACACGAGGGUGUCAAGCAUAAAUGCGGUACAUGCGGAAGCACAUUCACAACCAAAUCCAGUCUCCAGAAGCACAUCGAUGCUCUGCACAAUGGUAUCGGACCUAAGUGUGAAUUAUGCGGAAAGAAAUACUCUAAGAAGGAUGAACUCAAACGCCACGUCGAAGCGGAUCAUUAUGGCACCACACAUGCAUGUGACAAAUGCAAUAAGACAUUUAAACGAAAGGAUAAACUCAGAUUCCACAUUGAAUCGAUACACAAUAAUGGUAAAAAACAUGAAUGCCGCGAGUGCGGUAAGAAAUUCGCUACAAAAAAAGAAAAGCCUUUUUUAAUCAUAGCGCAUAGCGUUGCCAGCUGGGCGCAUGAUAAUGGCUUGGUGCUCAACGUCUCCAAGACAAAGGCCAUAAUGUUUGCUUUCGAUCAAAACCUGAUGCGCGUUCAGUGGGACCUUUGCAGUGAGAUCGUGCUCGAAGGUACCGAGACCCCCUUCGAAGAUUGUGUCAAGAAUCUUGGACUAAUGAUGCAUCGUUCUCUCAGCUGGAAGAAUCAUGUCAUUAUGCUCCACUUCGAUUAUCGACAUCAAAGCUACCACUGGCAUCAAACUCAAAAGACUACUCAAUUGAGGAGCGCACCUCGCGCUCCUUCUGGCAAGGUGAAAGAGGAACCAUCUGAAGUGUCGUUUGACGAAUGUGGAGAUGGAAUAAUGAACGAGCCCAUUGAUCAUAAAAACGUCCAACUAUUGCCGUUUCGAGAUAAUUUGGAUUCCAAGAUGCGACGAUAUGAUGAUUGA